AUGAACGACGCAUCGGAGAAGACGGCGGGUUACUAUGCCCCCGAAAAGGAGGUGCCGCCCUCCCCAGUGCACACCAACGACGGCCCCGUGGAUGGGGAGUUGGUCAACGCCUCAGGACAUCGUCAGGAGCUCGAGCGAAACUUCAGCCUGCUCAGUAUUUGCGCCGUGGCAGUGACAACCGGAAACACAUGGAUCGCCCAAGGUGGAAGUGUGACUACCGCCCUCUUCAAUGGUGGACUGGCGGGAACCAUUUACGAAUUUAUUGCCGUGUCUGUCUGCUACUGGCUGGUGGCGGCAUCUAUCGCUGAACUCGCCUCUGGCAUGCCCUCGGCCAGUGGUGUCUACCACUGGGCGACCAUCACCGCCGGAAGCAAGUACGGUCGCGUGUGCGGGUUCUACGCAGGGUGGUGGAACUGCCUGGCGUGGAUUCUCGGUGCUGCCUCUAUGUCUUUGAUUCUGGGUCAACAGACUGUGGCCAUGUAUGCCGUCAUGCACCCAGGCUUCAUCCCUUCAACUUGGAACAUCUUCGUCAGCUUCCUCCUCUGUACCUGGACCUGCUGCGCCAUCGUUCUUUUCAUGAACCGCUUCUUGCCCUACAUCGGCAAUCUGGGCAUGUUCUUCAUUCUCGCUGGUGUGUUCAUUACCAUCGUUGUAUGUGCCGUGAUGCCUUACGUCAACGGUACUGGAUAUGCCUCCAAUGAAACAAUCUGGGCCAACUUCGACAACCAGACCGGCUAUAAAUCGAACGGGUUUGUUUUCGUUGCUGGUAUGCUCAACGGUGCUUACAGUGUUGGAACACCUGAUUGUUCAUCCCACUUGGCUGAGGAGAUCCCCAAGCCCAGUCGCAACAUCCCGAAGGCUGUCCUUGCCCAGAUGGGUGUUGGUUUCGUGACCGGUAUCUGCUACAUGAUCGCCAUCUUCUACUCUAUCAACGACGUUGACGCCGUGCGCAACACCGCUCUUUUCCCCCUGGCUGAGAUCUACCACCAAGCCACCAACUCUCGUGGCGGUGCACUAGGUCUCUUGAUUGUCGCUUUCCUGCCCACUCUGAUCACCGCGUCCGGUUGCUACAUCACCGCUGGUCGUACCCUCUGGACGAUCUCCCGUGACAACGCCACCCCAUUCUCAAGCUGGAUCGGACGGAUUCAUCCUCGAUUCCACAACCCCUUCAACGCCACGCUUGUCUGCGGUUGCUGUAUCACUGUCCUGGCAUGCAUCUACAUGGGCUCAACUACCGCAUUCAGUGCCUUCGUCGGAUGUUUCGUCCAGCUGUCCAGUCUGUCAUACUUCAUGGCCAUCUUCCCCCACAUCUUGACUCGGCGCUCAUCUUUCGUCCCCGGAUGGUUCUUCAUGAACAACACAGUCGGUUACAUUGUCAACUCUCUCGCCUGUACUUACAUCAUCGCCUUCGCCAUCAUCUUCUGCUUCCCUUACUCUCUGCCUACCGAUGCCGGUUCGAUGAACUACGCCAGUCUGAUGACCGGUGGUCUCUCUAUCUUUGUCACUGUCUGGUGGUUCAUUCACCAGGGCUCCUACGAGGGCCCGAAGCACGUCCCUUUGACCGACAAGGCUUUGGCUGAAGAUGCGCAGUAG